AUGGGAACAUUUUUACAUCUAAUUUAUAAACAAUUAAAACAUGCUACCCAAAUGCAAAUAAUCGAAUGUCAUACUUCAUGUCGAUUGGCAAUUCCAACAUCAUCAACUUCAACAUAUUCAAACUCCAAUGAUGAUAAAGAUAUUAAUGAAUCACCAAAAAAGAAACCAAAACGCUUCUUAGAAUUCUUAAUGGAUGAUAUAACGUCACCAGUAGUACUACAAACCAAGGGUGAAGUUGAUGCUUACAUUGAUUUGCAACUUAAAGAUGAUGAAACUUACACAAAUCCACUUACAUUUUGGCAACAGCAUCAAUCCACAUUUCCUCAUUUAUCAAAACUUGCAAGGAAAAUAUUUUCUGUUCCAUGCAGUUCUGCUGCCGUUGAACGCGGGUUCAGCGCAGCUGGCCAGAUAGUCACACAGCGUCGAUCUAAUCUUGAACCCAGCACAAUUAAUGAUAUAAUUUUUCUUCGUUCGAUAGAAAAUAUUAAAAGACAAAUAUAA